AUGUAUGAUUUCGAUCCAUCGUCAACACUUGAUAGAUCAUUACGAGAGACUUUCGAGAGACUGAGACGAAUGGGAUUAUUAGACACAAGCGACGAUCCAAAUGAGCCAGCUAUUCGGGGUCGUCGACAAUACGAUAAGCCGCAUGGCUGCUAUCGGCUGGCUAUUAAGGUGGCUGGAAAGUUCGAGGACGAGACAUGGCUGACAAAAAAUGGGAAUCCGUUCGAAUGGGCGGUCGCUUAUAUUCCAACAGACAGCGAAGAGAUCACAAAAAUUUUGGAAAACGGAUUUGAGCUGGGAAUCGGCGGCAAAAUCGUCACUCCUGAUGUGAAAACAGCUAAAAAAUUUGCUUCCGACUUUACGUUUAAAAAUCGCAAAUAUAAAUUGAUUUUUCAAGUGCGCGCCAAUCCUAAGGAAAUUCGAGUGGCGAAAUCGGCAAACAGCGAGUUUGGCGAAUUAUGGAAAUUGAGUAAGCCCGGUGAUAUUCGAAUCUACGGGAUUUGCUGUUUUUUGGCGGCAAAUUUCAAUGAGCCAUCGGAGGCUUCCCAUCAACGUCGAGACGGAAAGAAAAAAGUGUCGUUGCGAGACCUUGGAUACUAUUUUGACGAUCACGGAAUUCUUCGAACGAUCAGUAAUGGAAAAUUGUUCAUGUUCACCAACAUUGACGAAUUCGACAGGCUGGUUGAGGCGGUGACUCAAGAAAUUUAUGGAAUAAUGGAGAACAAACAGAACAUGUCGAGAAUCGGUAUAAACGCGUCGCUGGCCGUCGACGAUUCUAGCGGAUUCGUGUUCGCCUCAAAAGACUAUGACAAGAAGCAGACAAUCGUUGUGCUCAUCCAGGAAAAUGGAAAGGCUCGCGCUGGGCAGUGGUCCGUUAAUGUUAUAAUCAAUGAUAGUUUGGGCAUGGGAUCACAGUUGAAUUACAUUCGAAAAGCGCUACAACUUGAUUGGGGAGUCGUUGUAUUCAAUCCCAAUCAUAAUUAUGACGAGCAGGGGAAUCCUUUAAAGUUCAGCGGUUCACCGGCUGAGCACGUGAUCAAUGCGUGGAAUUGUGUUCUAAGACGAACUAAAUGUCAGCAAAUUUAUGUGUUUGCACAGAACGAAGCAGCAGGACAUCUACAGAAAACGGUAAAUAUUUUGCGCGCCCGUUUGAAUCGGUUCGCUGCGAGAUACAGUCUCAAAAACUCAUCACUGCGCCUUUAA